ACUUUCACACCCUUCCAUUCCAUCACUUAUCAGAGACAUGGGACGUCCAACCGAGACGCUCAUUCGACUCACAGCGGUGAAAAUAAUAGUCAUCUUAUCAGCGGCUUUUGUAGUCGCAUCGGCCACAACGAACGCAACCGUGACCGUAGCUUCCCAAGCCUUACCCGGGUGCGACGAAUGGUGCGGCGACGUGCGGAUUCCUUAUCCGUUCGGGAUGAGGGAAGGGUGUUAUCUAAAUAAUGAAACAUUCUUACUUCAAUGUCUUAGCCCAGCUGGUAGCCCAAAUUCUCUAAUGCCAGUUCUAGGCCCCAAUAUCAUUACAAAUAUAUCCAUUAUCACGGGGGAGAUUAAACUGUUGAACAGGGUGGCGCAAGCUUGCCACCCUCCAGAUACUGCUACCGAUGUUUUUCCCGAUAUGGUUGUUGGUAUACCUAACUACACUAUUUCCCAUACCAAAAACAAGUUCGUCGUGAUAGGCUGCGAUACAUUCGCUAUUGUUUCAGGGAAUGUCGUAGAUGGGCAAUCCUUUCAAUCUGGAUGUUUGGCAUUGUGUGAUAACAUUGGCACGGUAAAAGAUGGGGCUUGCUCUGGUAGUGGGUGUUGUCAGCUGGAUCUUCCUAGUGGGCUUGAUUCUAUGGUGUUCGAGGUCGCCAGUUUAACGAAUCACACUAAUGUGUCGAGUUUCAAUCCUUGUGGGUAUGCGUUUGUAACAGAACGAGAUAGCUUCAACUUCUCUUCAAAGUAUAUUCGAAAUUUUCCUGAAAAAAUAGUUCCGGUAGUGCUUGAUUGGGCCAUUAGUAAUGAUACUUGUGUGACGGCUAAGAACAAAACUAAUUGUGUUUGUGGCAAAAAUAGCACCAAGGUUGACUUACUUGAUGAUCCAUCUAGAUAUCGUUGCCAGUGCCUGGAUGGCUUUGAGGGGAAUCCAUAUCUCCCCGAUGGUUGUCAAGAUAUAGAUGAGUGCAAGGACGACAAUCUUAAUGACUGCAGGUUUGAGUGUGUUAAUACAAUAGGAAGCUAUACUUGCAAUUGCCCAGAAGACUUUAAAGGAGAUGGAAAACGUCAAGGAGAUGGUUGCACUCGAAACUCCAAGUCUUUCGUUCAAAUCAUCGUUGGAGUUACUGUGGGCUUCACAGUUUUAGUAAUUGGGAGUGCAUGGUUAUACUUGGGUUACAAAAAGUGGAAGUUCCUUAAACUGAAGGAGAAGUUUUUUGAGAAAAAUGGUGGUUUGAUGCUUCAACAACAUCUUUCUCAAUGGCAAGCAUCCACUGAUCAUAUGGUUAGAAUUUUCACUAAAGAGGAUUUGGACAAGGCUACAAACAAGUACGACGACAGUGCAGUGGUUGGAAAAGGUGGCUUUGGUACUGUUUACAAAGGAGUGUUAGACGAUGGUUCCGUAGUUGCAAUCAAGAAAUCAAAAUUAGUAGACCAAUCUCAAACUGACCAAUUCAUCAACGAAGUCAUUGUUCUGUCCCAAAUCAACCACCGUAAUGUGGUCAAGCUCUUGGGAUGCUGUCUAGAGACAGAAGUUCCAUUGUUGGUGUACGAGUUCAUCAGCAAUGGUACGCUUUAUGAAUACGUCCAUGAUAAAACAAAUGACCGCAAUUCUCUUUCGUGGGAAGCUCGUUUGAGAAUAGCUGCAGAAACUGCUGGGGUGAUUUCAUAUUUGCAUUCUUCAGCUUCCACUCCAAUUAUCCAUAGAGAUAUCAAGACAACUAACAUUCUUUUAGACCAUAAUUACACUGCAAAGGUAUCUGAUUUCGGUGCUUCCAAGUUGGUUCCGAUGGAUCAAACUCAGUUGUCAACAAUGGUGCAAGGGACUCUCGGAUAUUUAGACCCUGAAUACUUAUUAACCAGCGAGUUAACAGAGAAGAGCGAUGUGUAUAGUUUUGGAAUAGUGCUUCUAGAGCUUAUAACAGGGAAGAAGGCAGUGAGUUUCGAAGGGCCAGAAGCGGAGAGGAACCUAGCCAUGUACGUGAUGUGUGCAAUGAAGGAAAAUCGUUUGGAAGAAGUUGUGGAAAAGGGAAUGGCGACAAAAGCGAACAUUGAGCAGAUAAAAGAAGCCGCAAAGUUAGCAACAACGUGUUUAAGAAUAAAGGGGGAGGAGCGGCCUAGCAUGAAGGAGGUGGCUACGGAUUUGGAAGGGUUGAGAGGGUUGAAUGAGGCUAAUGAGAAAUUAGAGAGCAAAGGAGAGACAAUGGUAGGUAUUUGGGUGCAAUCCGAUGGAGCUUUAGAAUCCACAUCCAAGCAGUUUAGUGCGAGUGGGAGUACAAAUAUUGUGGAUGAUAGUAUGAAGGUUCACAUUUUGCCUCUGAUUCACAAUGGAAGAUGAUAAAUUGCUGGAUAAAACUACAGAUUUUUGUUAGGCAUUUGAUGUCAAUUGUAGUAUAUAUAUUGCAUAUAUUUGGAGUUCUAAUUUAUUCCAAAGUUUAAUUAUUUUCUUUAUUAUGUAUUAAAUAUUGUGGAGCUUUAUUUUAUUAAUAUUAUUUUAUUGGAUUGAUUUUGCAUUUAUGAA